AUGGUUGAGGAACCAGCAAUUCCGGACUACGACACUACUUGUCCACCACUUAUCUCUUCCAACAUGUCUUUCUCUAGGAGCAACAGCGUCUUUUCAGGAGGCAAUCGGUUGAGCAAGAUAGCUCCAGCAAUAGAGUUUGUCCAAUUUCCCAAACUACCUCUGGAGCUUCGUGUUGCUAUCUGGAAAGUAAUGGCAGAGCAUGGACGUGUAAUCACAGUACGUCGCAAGGGCCAUCCCUUGAUCCACACAACUGUACCAAAGCACAAUGCAGCUGCUGUCCCUAGUAUUCUGCAUACAUCGAAGGAAGCAAGAUGUAUCGGCCUGGAGACUUACAGAGCCUACUUCGGAACUCGUUUCAGCGGGCACCCGGUUUACUUCAACUUCGACAUCGAUGCCCUAUACUUCCCGUCUUAUGACGAUAUGCGCGCUUUCUAUGGUGGCUUGGUGGUUUCGACAACCAUAUGGCCUCCUGACAUUCUCCAGAUCGAGCAAAAGCUCAAGACGUUAAUCGUCGGGGGAAAGCUGCUCGAUAUCCACAACGGCUUAACCGCUCGGUUUGAGAUGGUAGAAGAAGUCGCCAUUGAAGAGCCGGCUGACAUUCCUCCCCACGAGAGACCGGAGGACUUGGUAGACCUGAAGAAUCUCUGGCAGUGUCUAAUUGGAAAGGAUCCUGGGAUCAGGUUUGCCAGCAAGGUGGAGCUCAAGGCUCUGGAAGAUUCCGAGACUAUUAAAGGAGUAAAGCCAAAGAUUGAGGCUGCUAAGAAGAGGAAAGCGGCUUUCAAGAAGGCUACCAAUGUGCUUUAG